AUGCCCAACUUGUGCGUGUCUGCUACCUUCAACCCACCCGUUAUCUCUAUUCUCGGCUCGGCGCUGCGCGAGGAGACGGUGAAGCGCAUGGAACAGCGCAUCCCAAGUGUGAUGUCCACCUCCGCAAGUCCGUCGCGCGAGCCCAGCAAGUUUGUAUUUUACACAAAUCCCGAUCACUGGCGCAUGGAAGUAAGUCAACACUUCUGCGAUGAUCUACACAAGUCAGCAGUGUUCCUCGUGAUCAUUGAGUCUCUUGAAUCUGAGGGAUGGAAUCUGCGUACAACUAACACGGUUCGUGACCCUGAAUCUAACAGGGAUACAACCAAGCUGUUCUUUGCACGAAAGGCAUAA